AUGGAUGUAAGUUCAAGUAAUGUAACUGUUCUUCUUCGUCAAUUAUGUGAAGAAUUGUCACCCGAACCAGAUACAGCGUAUGAAUUGGCUUUAUCAUAUUUAUCAUCUACAAAUGAAAAAAGCCGCCCCAUCCAAGAUGAAAAAUUGCUCUGCCAAAAAAUACAUAGUUGCCUCGCAAGUGUUUCCACAAAAGAUGCCGAUAAAUUUACUGAGGCUUAUGCAAAACUGAAAAAUUCGUUUAUUUUGAGGCAGAGAUUAUCAAUUUUGACUCUACUGUCAACCCUGUCAGACAAUAUUCAGCAAAAAGAAUACACUCAACAACUUUUUCCGAUACCUAGCCUUGGUGUAGCUAAUUCUUGCACUGUUACAAGUACGAGUAAAAGCACAAUUGGCUCAGUUAGUUGGGGCAGUAAUGCGUUAAAACAAGGAUCAAGCCAAAGUCUUCCUGUUAAUUACAGUAAUGCUGCCAUUGUUCUACAGUCGAAUGAUCGACCCAACGAGCGAGCAUGUGUACGCGACGCUGUACUAGCAGCAACUGGAGUUCGGGCGCGCAGUGCCGUUGGAGUGUCUCGUCCGUUACAAAUGUUAUAUUCACGUAUUGCUCAUUUGGGCUUUUUACAUGACCGCCUUAAAGAAUUUAUUGAUCCUUCUUCUGGUUUGAUGCCACAAGGUCUAAUGGGCGAAGGUCUGGUUGCGUCUGUACGUGAUGAACUUACAGAAUACUACCGCAGCAUCGCUCUCUUACAAUCGCAGGUAUGUGAAGGUGAUGGAGGUGGGGGAACUUUACGUCGUGUUUGCGUGUGGGCACAGGAACCUUUACAUCGGCUUACUUGGCUAGCUAACAUUGUCCAUGCGGCUCAGCUCAAAAAAGGUGGUGAACUAGCUUCAUGCGUACAUCGGUUCGUACGUCACGGCGAUGAGCGCGUCGCUACCCUUGCCCGUCGUUUACUUACUGCGCUAACGUAUCCAUUGCUACUUAUGUUAACGCGAUGGCUCCUCCAUGGUGAAAUCGACGACCCGUUUAAUGAAUUUUUUAUCGAAAGCCGAAGUGGCGUACCGAUUGACAGAAUGUGGCAUGAUAAAUAUCGAGUAAGAGAAUGGAUGGUCCCGUCAUUUAUGUCACGCGAGCAGGCGGCGCAGAUCCUGGCAACGGGCAAGAGCGUGGUGUUCAUGCGCGAGGCUUGCGCUGACGAGCCGGGGCCCAGCGACCACGCGCAUCACCUACAGGCGCUUCUUAAACCACAUACAGGGGACAGCAAGGAGGUGGGCGCUGGUGCGGCGUGGUGGGAGGCGGAGGGGUUGCGCGCGGGCGUGGGCGCGGCGCACGCGGCUGCCUCGCAGCGGCUGCUGGCCGCGCUCACCUCCCAUCACCACUUGCUGGAUCACCUGGCCGCGCACCGCCGCUACCUGUUGCUCGCGCAGGGCGACUUCGUGCAUCACCUCAUGACACUGCUGCAGGAGGAGCUGAAUAAACCGGCGACGUCGUUGUACGUGCACAAUCUGACAUGCACACUUGAGGCAGCCGUUCGCGCCACAAACGCACAGUUCGAGCCACCCCACGUUUUGGCCCGCUUACACGUCAAUUUAUAUCCCAAUUGCGACGGGCGCGAGGAUAGCGGGUGGGAUGUGUUCGCACUGCAGUAUCGCGUGGACGGACCCCUGGGCACCUUGUUUCCGGCCACGUGCGCGGCCAAGUACCGCGCACUGUUCGCGCAGCUGUGGCGAGUCAAGCGCAUCGAGCACGCUCUGCAUCGCGCCUGGCGGGACCACAUCAUAUUACAAAAACGGCUUAAGUACAUGCCCGAGGUGUGGGGUCUGAUGCGGCGAGUGUCGUGCGUGCGCGCGGAGGCGCUGCGACUGUGCGGCGCGCUGCAGGAGGCCAGCUGCGUGGGCGCCGAGCCGGCGUGGGCCGAACUGCGCGCCGCCGCCGCCAGCGGCCACCACCUUGACUCGCUGCUGCGCCUGCACCACUACGCGCUCGACCGCCACUCCAUACACGCUAUGAUACACCACACAACCCAGGAACUGCAGUCAUACUUGGGCAACGUGUUGAAUGAAACGUUGGCGCUGCGUAGCUUUGAGACGACACUUCACACGGGCAUACACGCAGAGUUGGACCGACGCGAGCGCAUAGAACAAUUGAAAGCUGAGAGGGUUGCCAGAGGCGAGUACGCAUUCACAGCUGCAGAUGAAGCGCAAGAUAAGGAAAAGAGGAAGAUAUUCCAUCAGUUCUUAACUAACAGGAAAGCUGAUCUUAAUGUAUGGAUUCGCACAUAUAGGGGCCACGUGACAACAUUGAUUCUUAAGCUGGCGUUACACCCUGAGGUAUCGUUACAAAUGUUGGCAUUCCGACUCGACUACAGUGAUUUUUACAAACGAGGUGACGCGAAACUGCACGAACCUCUCACAUAUCAACAUAAGCGGCUUAGUGAGAUUGGACUUAACUUGGCCAAGACUAAGCUAAUAGAGCGUUCGAAGAAAAAGUGA